UCAGAAAUGACCUUUGGCCUUUUAACUUAUUAGUCUUUCUCUUGUUUGCCCAGUCAUUGCCAAAUCCAAGGAAAUUUCCCACUGAAAUGUCUGUUGAUGUUUCGCAGACCUAAGAUAGAAAGUUUUAAAAAUCCUUGUGAAUUUAAAUGCUGUUGUUUUUGAACCCUUCCUUAUGAUAAAUGAGGCAUGGAUGGGAGUACUUAUGCCCAGAAUCAGAGCUCCUGACCAUUUCCUUUUCAUGCUUGUUAUCUAGAUAGUGUUGCCAAAAGGCAAUCUUACUGUGAUUUUCUUUCCUAACUUGUAGCUUGCUGGUGCUGAUAAAUUCUCAGCUGAAUAGCUGAGGGCAGAUUUUUCAGGGAUCUCUGGGCAGCUCUACAAGGAGACCCAAGAAAGAUUAAGGUGCACAGCACUGCUGCGUUCCGUCCACAUCUCCUCAGGGGUGCUUUGUGUACCAGGGUCACUCCCUCCUCAUCCCUUUGUCCCACAUCAAAUUCCCAUCUGCUCAGCUGGGCUCUCAGUGGUGGCCAAGAGGAAGAGUGAGGUGAUCCAAAUUAGGUUAGGUAGCACUGACAGCCUUAUCUUUCCAAGGCACAUAUGUUUCUAAAACAUCUAAAUGGGCCUGUGUUAAUUUUUUAAAAUCUGGUUGGAGCUUUGUUCGUUGACAUCAGCUAUAGAAUAGUAAAAGGCAGAAGCAGGAUUAUGGAAGUGAGCUAGCUGGAGGCUUGGUUUGGGUUCCUCCAAAAGUAGACUCCAAGGCAAGGACUUGGGUGCAGGUAGUUAUUAGGGAGGUGAUUCUAGAAUGCACAAAGGAGGGAGAGGGAAACAUUGAACAGGAAGGGAGACAAGCCAAUCAAAGGGUCUGUUUCUGAGCAGUUACCAUGGGAGGCAACUAGGGCUCAGUCCCCUUUGCUAUCAUGUAAGGAGCCAUGCGGAGCACACCUCAGAAUUGCCCCACUGGAUGACAGGGAGGCUGGGACAUUUAUCCACUAGCUCCUCCCUCACUGGUUGAGGGAUAAUGCCCACUCACCUCUGGAUGGUGCCUAUCUGGAGUCAAGCCACUUGCCAUGGUAUUAGAGAAAGCCCUAAAGCAGAGAAGCAGUUAUCUCCAGGGAGUCUUCUUCAGUUUCAACAACCAGCGUGCUCCAAGGUGGGCAGAGGGAUGCGGGACACGGGCAGCAUCUGCUCCCGCGACUCCGUUGGAAUAUGUGGCAGUGUGUGGCAGGCCCUCUUGCCAGCGGCAGGGUUGGAGGCUGCCCCCUGCCCGCCUCGCCUCGCCGCCCAGGGCUGCCCUGUCUAUCCUGCAGCUGCUCCAGGCUCUGCACCGCCUCACCAGGCUGGCGACGUUCCGUGACCUGUCCUCUGCUGAGGCGAUUCUGGCUCUGUUUCCUGAAAAUUUCCACCAAAACCUCAAAAACCUGCUGACCAAAAUCAUCCUAGAACAUAUAUCUACUUGGAGAGCUGAAGCCCAAGCAAAUCAGAUCUCUCUGCCGCGUCUGGUUGACCUGGACUGGAGAGUGGAUAUCAAAACCUCCUCGGACAGCAUCAGUCGGAUCGCGGUGCCCACCUGCCUGCUCCAGAUGAAGAUCCAGGAAGAUCCCAUCUUGUGUGGGGACAAACCCUCCAUCUCGGCCGUCACCAUGGAGCUGAGCAAAGAAACGCUGGACACUAUGUUAGAUGGACUGGGCCGCAUCCGAGACCAGCUUUCUGCCGUAGCCAACAAGUGACCCUGGCCAACUGCCAGCCCCAGUGCCACACCCAGCUGCUCAUCUGCGAUGGAGCUGCUGCAGAAGUGGCAGCUGACAGCAGGUGGGAUGGUGGGGGCAGAUGGGGCGCUGCCAUCCAGAAGGCACAGUUGGAU